AUGCUUGAUGGGUCACUCUCCAGUGUGUACUCACAGUACAAAGAAGACACCGAUUCAGUCGCUGCUUGGCUUGCCUCUACUGCCAGGAAAUGCGGUUAUCAGCCAGAGCAGCUGUCCAGCGCGGCCAAGGCUGGACCUGGCCGCCUCAAGGGCAAGGCCAGAAAGGAUGCAAAGAAAUAUCAGCAAGCACCCUAG